AGGCGAGUGUUGUCGUCUCAAUUCGUCGCCUCAUCGGUUUCGGUUCUGCCCUUUCGGACUCGGUGGGACGACUGGGUAAAGAGCGGAUAGGAAAACUCUCUAGGAACCAGAUUGACAAGCUCCGGUGACGCAAACUCGUUGGCCACUUCCAGGCGUGCUUCCUGUUCAUUCAUCCGACUCGAAGGAGGGAAGUAAAAGUGUUUUCCCCUUCUGUGUUCAUCUCCGGAUAUACCUCGCCUCCAUCGAACCGGUACUCAGUGGAUUAACUCUCUCUUUAUUUUUUCCUGCGGUGAAUCACUUGUCCAUCUACUGUUCACUGCUGCCUUGGCUUGUGGGUACCUCCUUCGAACCACCCAGCCUUGCUUGCUCUGAAGGAAAAAAGAAAACACAAGCUUUCUUCCGCUCUUCAUUGUAUCUUUUUUUUUUUUUGGAGGGGAAAAGAUCACUUUUUGUUGACGAUUGUGAAUUACAGUGUACUUUGCGGAUUCUCUUCAACCUUUGCGUUUGGGAAUACGGUUUGAACUCCUUCCUUCCUCCCUCUCCCUCUCACUCUGAACUUGCGACCCGGCGAACUUCUUACGACUACGCAACAAUGCUGACAUGUGGAAUAGGUAUCCACUGAUAACUGCCUUGGUGUUAAUGAGAGCAUCGUGCUUCCUAUCGACGACUUGAGGCCGAACCAAGUACAUUUUCGAUUCACCCCAAUUCUUCGGAGAUCCUUCGACCUGGCUGCGCUAUCUUCGGGAGAAUUUCUGCUUCUCAGUGAGUUAAAGCUUCUGCCAACGAUCAGGGCACGGGAUAUAGUUUUACUCACGGCUAAAGUCUCGUUCCACGCAUCCACCAAUCAGUCUUGAGAACUCCUUAGGGAAACAAAUUCCACCCCCCAAUUUCAAAUCAACCUCUCCAAUAUCUGGGCUCGAGCCCUGAAGGGCUUACUAGGUCGUUGGAUUGCGUUUCUCUGUGGAUUGGGUCGCUCUUUUUCUACGAUCCUAGAUUCCCCGGCGUCUCGUCAAUCUGACUACAUUCUUUCUCGCAAGCCUGGUCUGAUUUAUCAGCCUCGCUUGAACUUUUAUCAGAGCCCUUCUUUCGAGCAUGGCAGCAGAUAAUAUCGUGCUUCAAUCGACAACCAGCCCGAACUCUCCUCCAAUGUCGUCCUCUUAUACUGGAGUGAACAAUAGUGGUAUGGCUUCACCUGUCUGCGUCCGUGCCAUACGAUCCUUUGCCAUUCACUGGAUGUGCACCGUGCCGUCUUUGCUGACCACUUUGCUUUUAUCGUUUUUUGUUAGGCAACAAAACUCAGCCACCCCCACCGCCUCCACCCAAGACGGAUAAACCCAGACCUCAUGUCUGUGCAACUUGUUCGCGUUCAUUCGCACGUCUAGAACAUCUCAAGCGCCAUGAGCGCUCCCACACAAAGGAGAAGCCAUUUGAGUGCCCAGAGUGUACACGCUGUUUUGCUCGCAGGGACCUGCUUCUCAGGCACCAGCAAAAAUUGCACAUGACAACGACUCCCAGCAGUCGCCCAAGAGCCAGCGGUCGGAGAGAAAGCACAAGUUCAGUAACGUCCACUAACCCCGGGAGGGUCAGGAAGAACUCAAUUUCUACCACUGCCACUGGCCCGGUUAGUCAUGGUGAUGGUGGGGCUUCCGCUAUGAGGGCUAGGCCUAGGGCGAAUACCAUUGCCCACGUAGACUCCUCAACCCUUGGGAUGAUUGCAGCUGCCAAUGCGAAUGUGAACCGCGGGAGAAGUAAUAGCAGUGCUCAAGGUAGUAUGGGCGGCACCGGCAUAGGUUCUUUGAAUCAUGAAGAAACCAGGUAUGUCUUUCCGAAGAAUACCCGACCAUGGGGUGCCUGGGCUCAUGCGGAACCUAGGCACUCAGUACCCAAGAUUGACACAUCAUUGUCUUCUUUGGAUCUGGGUGGGAUGAUGCCUCGCUCUGCCUCCAUGCUUCCUUCUGAAUAUGAACUUGAUGGCCUGUUGUUUGGAGGAACUGUCAAUCCGGCAGCGUUGCACUUCAAUAUGUCUCCCCUCCAGCAGCCCAUUGGGACGCCAACUUCACCUUUCGGGCCCCCAUUCCCCGGCCUUGAUUCUUCGUAUUAUAUCGAAGAUGAUGAUGACUACGAAUGGAUGAAUCCUCUUGGCGGUGGAAGCCUUAUGGAUCCCGUUGACCAGUCAUCCCCCAGUGCUUUCAGUACCACCUCGGCCAGUGGAAUCAGUGAAGUUAUUCUUAAUGAGAAUCCAGGGUGGGGCGGUCAGAUGGGUAUGGGUGCGGGUUCCGGAAAUUCCAUCAAUUUUAAUUCUCCGAAUGAUUUCUCGGGAUCGAAUUUUCAUCAUGAGACACCACCACCACCGGGAACCAUCUCCCCCAAAACUCUUUUGGCUCAACAAUCGUCCCAUGAAAAUUACUACUCUGGCCCGCUUUCCAUCUCACCCUCUACCAUGGGCCACCACUUCCCACCAUUCAACAAUAAUCACCAGUAUGGUCCUAACAAUCGCACAUCUUCGGCCACCUCCCUGCAUAGCAACGGCGGAUCAUCCAUGACCUCGCUCUCUGCCGAAUCCGUGACAGAUGCUACUCGAGGAGCAUUGCUGGCAACGCUCGCGCAAGCCUCUGGUGUUUUCAAUAACCAGGGCGCCCAGACCUAUCAACCUCCCCGUGUUCACCAACGGCGCUACUCAACAUCCACACAACCAGCACCGGGAACUACCAGUUUUUCCCCAUUUGUCGGGAAGGCUACCGGUCUGCCCAGCACUGCCGAUCUCCAGCGAUAUGUUGGGGCUUAUAUCAAAUAUUUUCAUCCGCAUCUCCCCUUCCUCCAUAUACCGACGCUCAAUUUCAACUCCCCGGCAUUCACCACUAGCGUCAAGGGUGGUCAGCGCAGCAGCGGGAUUAUCGGGGGUGGUGGGUGCCUCGUUUUGUCCAUUGCCGCGAUCGGUGCCCUCUACGAGUUCGAACAAACCGCCGCCCGUGAUAUCUUUGAGGCGUCCAAGAAGACAAUUCAAAUUUUCCUUGAAGAUCGUAGAAAGGCCGAUGCCACUGCUGCUCUUAGUGGUCUCAAUACUAAUAAUGGAGGCAGUGGUGAUAGUGGGACCAACACUCCCGUUUGGCUUGUGCAGGCUAUGCUUUUGAACGUCAUUUACGGAUUGCAGUGUGGAGACAAAACUGCUUGCGAAACCGCCGUCACCCACUGCGCAUUAUUGGUCAGUUUGGCUAGGGCUGCCGGUUUGACUAGACAGCCUCAUGUGUCCACUACGCAAACUUUCAAGCAAGAAGACGGGGACAUUCGUAUGGGUGACUUAGAAUCAUAUGGUGGUAGUGUGGGCAGCGAUGGUUGGGGCGGAAUUAACAUCAAGAUGGAGCCGGAUGAAAAUGUAGAGUGGUCGAGCUGGGUCAUUGCCGAGGAGCGGAAACGAACCUUGUACGCCGUUCACUUCUUAUCGAGCCUGCUUGUUGCGGCGCACAACUUGUCUCCUGCGCUCAUGAAUAACGAGAUCCGCUGUGACUUGCCAUGCGACGAGGAGCUUUGGUCGGCCGGGACCGCUGCGUUAUGGAAAUCCCGUGGCGGUCUGGCCUUGGCAUCACAAAACUCGGUCAAUUUCACCAGUGCUCUUACCGGGCUCUUGUCUGCCGGCCAGCAAACAUAUGGCUCCCCAGGGCAAUUCCAAAACUUUACCAAUGGUCAGCAGGGAGGUGUUCCCCCAUAUCCACCCUCAGGGAUUAUUCCAAGCACCUUUGGGUGCCUAGUCUUGAUUUGCGCACUUCAUGUCUAUAUUUGGGAGACGAGACAAAGACACCACUCUCGCCAUUGGACGUCAUCUGAGGCUGAGGUAAUGCACGCCCACAUCGAGCCUGCUCUCAAGGCAUGGCAAGCUGCCUGGUACAGCAGCCCCCAUCAUAGCAUUGAGAGGCCCAACCCGUACGCGAUGGGCCCCCUAUCAGCCGAUUGUAUCCCUCUGCUUGACCUCGCUUACAUUCGCUUGUUUGUCGAUCUUGGCAGAGCCAAAGAAUUCUUUUGGGCUAGAGACUAUGAAGCCAUGGCCGAAGAGAUUGCGAGAGGGUGGGAGAAUGCUCAGAACAACUCUCCGUCGAGUGCUUCUUCUAUCUCUGCGCAUUCCGACUCGUCCUUCUCCGGUGCAAUUUCACCCACGUCGUCUCCCGCUUCCCAAUCCCCAUCGCCAAACCUACGGCCAAUUAAGAUCGAACCCGGAGCAGCUCCUCGAUACUCCGCGAGCAGCAAUGGCAUGAACGUUGAUUCUUCAAGUGCCUCCACAAAGAGAGAAAAACAUCUUCGAAAGGCCGCUUUCUACGCUGCCGAUUCUCUUGCUAUGUCAGAUACCCUCGGUGCUUCAUCCUCUUCGGCUACCGCUUGCCGGGAACUUCCCAUCCAAUCGGCGCUGUGCACAUUUGACUGCGCCCAGGUACUUGCUGAGUGGAUUGCUACAGUGCAGGAACGUGUUAACCCUUAUAUGGGUGCUCUUGGGAGUGACGAGUGCAACAUGGCAAGCCUUGAAGGACUGGUGAUGCUUGAACAUGAGGACCGAAAGUUACUCACUAAGGUUAUGGAGAUGUUGAGAAACGCCGAGAUGAAGAUGUCUAUUGAUUGGAAUAACAACCCGAAUAGCAAAGGGAAUAACAUUCUGAGAGCCGAUGCUGGUCUGGGAUCCAAGGUGCUCAAUGUGAGCGCGUACUUGCUUGACAAGGUUGUCAUCUGGCCUGGUAUGUUUUUCCCCUCUGUUUAUAGUUGCCAGAUCGACAUCUAACCUUGUUCCAGCCACGCGCCUUAUGGCCCAAGCUCUUCGCGCACAAUCCGAGCACAUGGAAGCACGCGUCAAGCAUGGCGGCCUCACCCACUAG